UCGGCUCUGCCGCCCAUGGCGACUCUCCAGAACCAACGAGCCCAGCCUCAUCCGAACGCAGUCCCGCCGCCCAUCGCACAUGACCUCAAGCCACAUCAUGUAAAUUUGCUCAACAUAUUCGUGGUCCUGUUCUGCACAAAUUUGGAGCUCCCCUCGAGCUUUCUUCUACAUGCGUACCGAAUCCUCAUCUCGGAAGUGGCAGAAUGUCGUCAGCCCGCGAACUUCCAACAGAUUAUGGCGAACCUACGUGAAGGUGCAAAAGGAGGGGACGAAGGGGUCGUGCAAGUACUGACUGAAAUUGAGACUUGGCCGAAGAAGGUCAUAACACCCGAUACACUUGUCGUCUUCUUUCAAGCGCUGCAAUCUCUAUUUGUCGGAAGAGAAGAAGACGAGGGAUCUCGCUUUGCCCGCCGCUCCCUCUUUGGAUACUUCACACGAAGGUGCUAUGUCACCUUCACGAAGCUCUCGUUCGAAGCCGUCAGCGCGCUGUGGCAUGAGUUCCACCAUUGGAUCUUAGGGAGGCUUGACGAGACCACAUAUCGCGUUCGCAAAGAUCUCCUCAACAACUCUUUUCACAUCAUGAAGACGGAUUCCGAAAAGAAAGAGUAUGCCUAUGCGGAAGAUUACGCGCUGUGGGAACUAGGCUUGGCUACGGGGGACGAGAUCAUUGCGUCAGAGCACCUUCGAAAAUUCUUCGAACAGCAUUUUCAUGACCAGAACGACUCUGGGCUUCGGCAGCAUGCGCUGUUAAAUAUGGCGCGUAUGCACUUUUUGCGACAUGAGUAUCCAGCUUGUCGAAAGUUGCUCCAAGAAGCAAUUACCACCGCGCGCACAUGCAACGACCGUCUGACAUUGCAGCAUUGCACUAGCCUCAUGAACCGGCUUCCCUCGCUCGAGCGCGGGAAGAGGCCUUUGAUCAACGAGAUCCAAGCUGAUUUGCAUCCUUGGGAAGUCCUCUAUGACGUCAAGAAGCUUCUGACAGUCGGCUUCCAACAACCCCUCUCCGCGUCCUUCGAGCGCAUGACUCAGGCCUCUGUGUUGUAUGAUGCCUGGUCAGAUACGCAAAACCAGAUGAUUACGGAAGCCGAACAGUGGGGUGCACACGCUGUCGAAAGCGUGGCAUGGAACAUGAUGGGAAAUAAUCAACUCGCUGAGGUCGAAGACUGCCUUGUGACUGCCCUGACUGAAGCGGGCAGCCCUGAUAAUACGAUACUAGCAUCGAAUUUGAACCGUGCUUACCGCCGAGCAAGGCAAGGCGAAUAUCAAGAAGCAAUUGCGGACUUACUUGAGCCACGUGUCUGGGCCGGGCUCACGGCUGUCGACAUCCAGCAGUGGGCAAAUGAGAUUUGGCACGUACUGGUGCUACGGGCUACCCGCCGGGGCCAAGAACACAUGUAUCACGAGUUUCUCCUGCCGAAACGACCCCCGGGAACCUACCAUCCCCGCGAGUAUUGGUUCGGCUCAGGUUCACAGGUCUUGGGCUCUCUCAUACGCGACCCCCUCUUUGAGGUCAUCGCUGCUAAACAAGUAAAGCAGGUGCAAAACACUGUCGAGUCGUUACUGAACGUGGUCUGGCAUGCAGAGUUUCAGCAACGAUUCGGAAGCUACCGGACGGCACUCGUGCUGCUUGCUGAUGUCGGCCUUGAGUACGGCAUGACGAAGUGGUGUCGUAGGCUCAUUGAGGAUAUUAUGCCUCAGGUUAUCAACGGCGACGACUUAGAGCAGCGAGCGUUUGCAUGCUUCACGCUUGCGAGGUGUAUAAUUGUCUCGGAAGACUCGAAACCCGAAGCACUCGAAAACAGCCUACGUUACCUCGACAUAGCUGAAAAAGAUUACGCCACGCUGGAGAUGUUCCGCGCCGUGCAGGACACCCAGUUCCUUCUCUCCGUCGUAUACCACAACCUUGAUAGGGCGGAGGAGAGAGAUUCCGCUGCAACACGCCACCAAGAGACCGAACAGAAGCGGCUGGAGGCGGAGAAGCAGGUCGCUGAGCCGUGGGUCACGGAGGUCUUGGACAUUGUAUCAGAAGUGAGCGUAGCACUCGCAGCUAGAUGACCGUACGAGGGCGAUGACGAGCUGAGGAGCGUGUAAUAUGCGAAAGGGCUGCACCGG